UUGUGUAAUAUUUUCCAGCUAUGUGUGGAGGAACAUGGCGAUACCGUGGAGGCACUGUUGGAGGUGGACUAUAGGCGCUACGAGUACAAGUGUACUAGAAACGAUAUGCGGUUUUAAUGGAAGGUCUGCUACGUUUGCUGCUUCGUCUUUCCGAGGAACAGGGGCCGGCGCUGGCUCGGGAAAGGAGGGACUGUCCUCCAGGCCUGUAGACACAACCUCAAUAGGCAACUAUAUUCUGACAAGUAGGCACAAAUCAAGGUUGCUUUACCCCACACCAAAGCCUUGCUGCAGCAAAGGGAUACACAGUGAUGCCAAGCUGAAGGACCCGUUCUCACUAGCCCAAAAAGACUUGAAUCAUUUGUAUGAUGAUAUUAAAAAGGAGCUUUUUGUGUCCAAAUCCGAGCUGAAGUCCUUAUGUGACUACUACUUUGACGGGAAGGGCAAGGCCUUCCGACCAAUGAUAGUGGUGCUGAUGGCCCGGGCCUGCAAUAUUCACAGCAACAGAGACGGAGAUCUGCUCCCAGGUCAGCGGUCCAUAGCUAUGAUCUCUGAAAUGAUCCACACUGCCAGCCUGGUCCACGAUGAUGUCAUCGACGGCUCGAACAAGCGGAGGGGGAUGACUACCAUCAACGAAGUGUGGGGGGAGAGAAAGGCCAUUUUAGCUGGAGAUUUCAUCCUCUCGGCAGCCUCCAUGGCUCUGGCCCGUAUCGGCAACAACACAGUGGUGUCAGUGCUGUCUCAGGUCAUAGAGGAUCUGGUGCGAGGGGAAUUCAUGCAGCUGGGCUCCAAGGAGAACGAGAGCGAGAGAUUCAAGCACUACCUCGAGAAGACCUUCAAGAAGACUGCCAGUCUUAUAGCAAACAGUUGUAAAGCAGUAUCUAUUCUGGUGAACUCGGAUCCAGAGGUACAGGAAAUAGCCUUUCAGUACGGGAGGAACGUAGGCAUCGCCUUUCAGCUGGUGGAUGAUGUGCUGGACUUCACAGCAUGCGCCAGCCAGCUAGGAAAGCCUUCGGCUACAGACCUUAAGCUGGGCCUGGCCACCGGACCAGUCUUAUUUGCCUGUCAACAGUUUCCUGAGCUGCAUGCUAUGAUUAUGAGGCGGUUCAGCACCACUGGAGACGUGGAUCGGGCCUGGCAGUAUGUUCUGGAGAGUGAUGGUGUGGAUCAGACCAACUACCUGGCCCAGAGCUACUGCCGGGAGGCCAUCCGGCAGAUCAGCCUGCUCAGGCCCUCCCCGGAACGGGACGCCCUCAUCAGGCUCACUGAGAUGGUCCUCACCCGCGACAAGUGAGCUCCCACCCCCAGGCUUCACUUCAGGCCUGUGGAAGCCCCCCCCAUGGAGGGUUAGAUGCCAGGAUGAUGAGGAGGGAAGGUGGUUAAUGUUUCAUCAGUGAUAUUCCCAGUGGGUCCUGAUGGAGCACUGUUUAUGCAGCUUUUUGUACAUAACUAAGUUAAAGGUGGAACUAAACGAUGCAUACGCAGGUUCUUCAGGACUGACUUUUGAGUGAGAUGCACUGCUUCACAUUACCCAUGGCUUCUUUCUCCCCUCUGGAAAACCCUUAGGUCCUCACAGAAAAGAGUGAUAUGUUAUUGACACCAGUGGUUUUUAAUGCUAGUAGUCCUGUACGACCCCUGCGUCUACAGGUUUCUGAACCAACCCCCCCCACCUAUUCUUCAAUUGAACUUCAACAAAGCGUUCAAAUAGCACAUCAUGAGGCAUGAACACAGACCUAUAUGCACAGGGACCCUCCAGGAUCAUUGUUAAAACAUGAUUUUCAGUGUAUACAGUACUGUAAAUGCAGCCACCGCCCUACCUCCAACCGGCAAGACUGUAUUUGGUCAUCAAAGGCGGUUGUUAUUACACGUGAGGCUUGGGGCGGGAUGGACCCUGCAGAAUCACUCCAAGAUGGAGUAUCAUUAUUGUGUGUGUGGAUCUGUAUUAAGACGUUGCUCGAAGACCCGCCCGCACCGUAACGGCCAAAUGUGAAACGUUUGUCAGGGUGACUUGUAAAUUGGAGAAUGUUAUAUUGUAAGUAUUUCCUGUCACAAGUGAUUAAAGGUCCCAAACAGUCA